AUGUCAACUUCUUCGAAUAGUGUGUUUCCGCUGACAGAUGAACCCCUCAAAAACUUGAUCCAGGGCCCAGGUGAUGUGGAAUGGAGGUAUGAAAUGCGUCGGGAAUGUCAAGAGAUCAUUCCUGGCCUUCUACUAGGCCCUUUCCAGGCAUCAAAGUCGCUCGAGGUGCUUAACUCGCUUGGCGUCACUCACAUACUCUGUAUACGCGAUAAGAAGGAAGCAUUCUCCGUGAAACCACGUUUCCCAGAACGUUUUGAGUACCUCGUAUUGGAUGUGGAGGAUAACGAAGACCAAAACGUCAUUCGCCUGUUCCCGCAAGCUCAUAAUUUCAUUACCGAAUCAUUAAAUAAAAAGGGCACUGUUCUUGUUCACUGCAACGGCGGAAUUUCCCUAUCACCUGCAUUUGUUGUCAUGUUUGUCAUGCGUCGCUGUCAGUUGUCAUGGGAGGAUGCUCUUCAUCUUGUUCAAAAUCGUCGCUAUUGUAUUUCGCCAAACGGCGGCUUUUUGACACAGAUCAAGGAAUACGAGUCGAUAUACAAGGCAUCCGUCGCAGUCGCCGGAUUUCCGCAGGGGCAGAUGCAAAGAGUUGUCUCCCGGAGGAAGAGAGGUGAUGACGACGACGACGAGGAAUUCAGGUGUGUUCGUUUCUGGAAAUUAUCCCCUGUUCUUUGUGUCUCCUAA